AUGUCGGUUGUUGCUCAAAAAAUCAGGCAUCGAAUAUUCCGGCUAGAGACUGGCCAGGAUCCCCCGGAGCCAGAGGUAUCCAACAUCGCCUCGGCACAACAGGAAUCAAAUUCAACCGGGGAUCGUACACCUGACAUAGUGUCUCUUAACUCAAGUGAAAGUACCUCACACCAAAUUGACUCCUCAUAUCUCACAGCGAUUGAACAUCUUGCCUGGGGUCGUAAUUCAGCCGGCUGCUUCCCCCACAGAACCUGCGCGUGUCAGUAUCGCAAAGACGGUCUACAAGCACUAUCAGAUAAAGGUUCUUUUCCAACUGACAUCCCUAGUCUUGAAACGGCCUCGGCCUUUCCAAGAACUGCUGAUGCCCGGAAGCUGAUCAAAUUCCAUUUAUGCCAUCUCAUCUGGCAUCACAACUGCAUUCAUGGCCCAACGUUCCUUGAGCAGUGCGAGUUAUUCUGGGAAACCGGAAAAUUUGACGAUCCUCUCUGGCAAGCCCUCUACUUUUCUGUACUGAGCUCCACCGUUAGUUCAAUUCAAGAUAGUGCGAGGGCAAGAGAUCUUGUCGAUGUCGACCUACAGGCAGUGCAAUCUACUCACCAGCUGUUUUCUGCCAUGGUACAGACUCUAUACAAAUCGCAUUUCCUCGCCAAUUUGUCUGUGUAUUCUGUUCAAGCAAUCGUCAUUUCGACUGAAGUGGCGCAUAAUCUUGGCUUGAGUCAGCUAAAUGCAACAUUAUUCAAUGCAGCUGUCCGCAUUGCUGAGUGUCUGGGAAUCCAUAAGAUCCAAGACCACUCCACGAAGCUUGCUCGGAGCAAAGAAGAAUGGGACGAGAAAGUGGAACAAGAAGUGGGGAAGAGGAUCUGGUGUCAAAUGAUCAUACAAGACCAUUUCGCGAUUCCUUUUACCGACACCUACAGUAUCUCACCAAUGCAUUUCUCGACAGGUCGCCCCAUGAAUGCAAAUGACUAUGACUUGGUGGAUAUGCCGAUUACUAUCCCCACUACAAGCACUUACAUCCGCGUGCUCGUGGAUCUGGCUGAGUUAAUGCCCGGUCUAAUUGAUGGAUUCGGUCCAAUGAAAGCCAGGAAGCCUACGCGAGAACAAUACCAACACAUUUUACAUGUAGAUCAGAGGAUGCGAGGCAUUGUCAAAAACAUACCUCCUUUUCUCCUGCGCGCGGACAAAAUAAAAGAACAACAAAUACCAUGGCUUGCUAUUGCUCGACGAAGUCUGGCUAUCACGGCAGCUGAGAAAAUCAUCAUGAUUCAUCGACCAUUUCUCUUCCGCUCCUUUAACGAUCAGACGUACAGCUACACAAGACGUACAUGUGUUGCAGCUGCAAUGACCAUUUUGCGGGAGCACGAGGUCAUUGUCACAGAGGGAGAUGUCUCCAUAUGGACCCACACUGCGUUUGCGAUCACAGCUGCAGUCAUCAUGUGUUUUGAAGUAAAUGCAACUUCGGAGAAUCAAGUAGCGAUUGCUGAGAGUCACAAGGACGCAAUAGUCGCGGCCCGCGCCCGUCUUUCUGUCCGCGUCAAUGACGUGCUGGCUCAACGAGGUGUGGCGUUGAUCGAUGCAAUUUUUACCGAUUCAGCCUUGGGCUCUACCAGCUCAGGUAACAGAACAACCGACUUCGGAGAGAUACUGGCCAAGUUCUCAACUUUCACAAGAAUGAAUCUGGGCCCUGACACCCCUGACACAUCUGUUGGGCGAUUCUCAAAUUCUGACUCCCAGGAUGUGAUCGGUGCCCAUUUCACCGAGAUGCAGCCCGCUUGGGAUACGGCACAAGAUAUUGAUUUCGAUGCAUGGUUCAGUGAAACAUUCCAUGCUCUACAAGAUCCUCUCCAGUUCUGA